AUUUGUCAUCUUUCUCGUCGGUGAUGUAAAAUGUGCAUGGCCCUGCACAGGUAGAGCUCUAGCCUGUCGUAAUUUGAUAGGACGCCUUUUGUUAUGGAAAAUCCUCCCUCGAACCGGACGGGGUAUCAAAGAAGCAGAUGUGCGAACCAAAAAAAAGUUGUCGCUAGCGAUGCUGCUGCUCUUUGUAGGCUACAACUUUCCUCUUGUGCUUGUAGGCUGGCUAUGUAGUUCGCUGUAAUACCGACGUUAGCAAUAAACAAGAUGGCCACUGGCUAGCUGGCUGGAUGGCAUUUCGCCCCGUCUUUGUAUAUAAUCGUACCCUCUGAGAUCAGAAGACCAAUUUUGAUUGAUGUGCGGAUUAACUUUUACUUCUGCAAAGAAAUACUAGCGCUCGCUUUUUACAGUCAUCCGCUAUGUAUCGCUUCAUCUUUUUGUGCGAAUAUAUAGCCAGAAAAACACCAGAUUUGAGCUGCCAGCGAAAAGUGCAUGAUGCGUGGCGAACUGGCAAGCUACCUAGCUGCGAAAGGGUCUUUGGAGGUCAGCACUUAUCCUAACCCAGGGAACCUCAUACCUCUACCAGGACCCUACAACCAGAACGUGGCUUCUUCUACUCAGGUGCAAGACCAGCCCAGCAUUUUCCCCCUUUUUUUUCAACCCCUUUUUGUAGCUUUUCUUUCUGUCCCCACAACGGAAGCCAUAUCCCCUAGUGUGGACAGGACUCUGGCAGCAUGGCCGGCGAGCUGGAGACCGAGUGCAUGUCGUCUUUAGGGCUGAACCCGCUGGCGUCCGACUGCAGCUCUCCGCCGCUGGACCCGCUGCGACCGGAGUGCAGCACCACCCCCACUUCGUCGCUCCACAUGCUCUCUGCCGACUGCCCCACGAGCACGCUCAACAGGCUGGCAGCGGUGUCCGAGGUCAGAGAGCCCAUGGUGAUGCUGCCGUGCGUGAAGACCGAGCCAGUGGACCUGGACCCCAUCCAGACGGUGGACCUGUCGGAGAUCCAGCCCCUCAGCACGGCCGAGCUGGGCUCGGACCAGAUCAAGAUGGAGAUCAGCGGGCUGGACUACAUCAAGUCGGAGCACCACGGCGAGCACCACCACCUGCACUCAUUCCACAGCACCGAGCUGGACUCCUACAAGAGUCACUACGAGCCCAGCUUGGUGUUUGACUACAUCACGCACGUCUCGGACAGCCUGGAGUACAUCAAGUCGGAGCAGCACACCGACUUGCAGUGCUACUACGCCACCGAGCUCGGCGCCAUCAAAACAGAGUACGAGCCCAACCUCAUGAUGUCCAGCCACAUCAAGUCGGAGAUGAACGGCCUCGAGUCCAACCACAUGGCCGAGCUGCGGGCCGAGCUCAACAAGCUGCGGCCGGACGCCGUCAUCGACGGCACGCCGUUCUCCUCGGGCACGCUCUACGACCUGUCCUCGGGCCAGGACGGCAAGGGCUCGGCCGAAACCAGCCACACCGGGACCAAGGCGCACAGAGAGGGGCCACGCAAGCCUCGCAACCUCAACGGAGAGAAGCCCUACUCAUGCCCGCAAUGCGGCAAGAACUUCAGCACUCUGGGAAACCUCAAGACGCACCAGCGCAUCCACACCGGCGAGAGGCCCUACAUCUGCCCGCAGUGCGGCAAGAGCUUCGGCCAGGCCGGCAACCUGAAGCGCCACCAGCUCAUCCACACGGGCCAAAAACCUUACACCUGCGCACACUGCCCGAAAGGCUUUACCAAAGCCGACGACCUCCGCUCCCACCAGAGGCUGCACACGGGCGAGAAGCCCUUCUGUUGCCUGGCGUGCGGCAAGAGCUUCAGCCAGUCCAAGGAACUCAAAACGCACCAACUCAGCCACACCGGCGAGCGCCCCUUCUGCUGCCAGCACUGCGGCAAGACCUUCGUCAAGGAGACCAGCUUCCGGAACCACCAACAGCUCCACUCGGGCGACAAGCCCUUCACCUGCUCUCAGUGCGGCAAGACCUUCAGCAAUUCAGGGGUUCUUAAGACACACGAGAAGAUUCACUCAGGGGAGCGGCCCUUUGGCUGCACCCAGUGUGGGAAGAGCUUUGGCCGCUUGGGACACCUUAAAGCACACCAGCAGAUCCACACGGGGGAACGGCCGUACGCCUGCACCCACUGUGGAAAAAGCUUCAGCCAGUCAGGCCACCUCAAAGCACACGAGCAGAUCCACAAACGGGACCAAUCAGACCUUAGCAGUGGUGCAAGCAGCAGUGGCAGUAACGAUAGUAGCUAAACACCUCUUAACCUCUCAGAGUAUUAUUCCUAUUUGUUUUUUUUAUAUAAAAAACUACAGUAUAUAUAUAAAUAUAUAAAUAUAUAUGUUUUCGUUAUGUUUUUCAUACCUUUCUAUGUCCUUUUUGCAUUAUGUCCUUUGGGGUCCAUGUUGUGACUGAUUUGCUCUUAUGCAAGUGUCUUUGUUUUUUUUUGGGAUCAAGUGGCGUCAAGGAGAGAUGUGUAGAGAGCUUUGUACCUUGUCCAAAACUGUGUUGUAGUGGGUGCCGUUCUGGUUUCUUUUUUCCUCCAGUAAAAAACUCAUCAUGUACACAUUUAUUGAUAACAUGUAAUUCCUAAACCAUGUACUGGAAUGAGUUAUUAAAAAGAAACUAAUG